CAAACAUGGCUGCGUCCUUCCCUGGCUGUCGCCCAAAUCUCUGUUAAAAGAUGUAAACAUGAGCUGCGUGCUGAGGUUACUGACACAGUGAGUUUGUUCAGGAUUAAAGGAGAAAACUGGAGCUUCUGACAACAUGGAGAGACGAGAGUUUAUCGCAUCGCUUGUGGCUGGAGGUUGUGCAGGCAUGUGCGUCGAUCUCACGCUCUUCCCUCUGGACACCAUUAAGACGCGUUUACAGAGUCAGCAGGGCUUCCACAAGGCCGGGGGAUUCAGGGGCAUCUACGCCGGCGUGCCCUCUGCUGCUGUGGGAUCUUUUCCAAACGCUGCUGCGUUUUUCGUCACGUAUGAAAGCAUGAAGUCUGUGCUGUCCAGCUGUUUCUCCGCACGAAUGGCUCCAGUCACGCACAUGCUCGCAGCUUCACUUGGAGAAAUCGUUGCGUGUCUGAUCAGAGUCCCGACGGAAGUGGUGAAGCAGAGAACUCAGGCCUCGCCCUCUCUCCACACACACCAGGUCCUGCUAGCCACACUGCGUGGGGAGGGGGUACGGGGACUCUACAGGGGAUUUGGCAGUACGGUACUCCGAGAGAUCCCGUUCUCUUUUGUGCAGUUUCCUCUCUGGGAAUAUUUAAAGACUCUGUGGUGGAGGAGGCAGGGGGAACGGCUGGACUCUUGGCAAGCUGCAGUGUGUGGAGCUGUUGCAGGCGGGGUAGCGGCGUUCGUUACGACCCCUCUGGAUGUGGCCAAGACAAGGAUAAUGCUGGCUAAGGCUGGUACUUCAACAGCCAGUGGAAACAUCCCUCGAGUUCUGUACGAGGUGUGGAAGUGUCGAGGCGUGUUUGGACUCUUCGCCGGUAGCAUCCCCAGGAUGACCUUCAUCAGCAUGGGUGGUUUCAUCUUCCUCGGAGCCUACGAGAAAGUGCGCCGCAUGCUCCUAUAAGACUCUUGACCUUCAUGUCGGCCAUAAAUCUGUUCUCAAACCUGAAGCAGCCAUUCUACCAGCUUAAAGGUCUUGUCCAGGAGCGCUGGCACUUGAGGACUCGCCACCGGAUUGCGGUACCCUGGAAUUUACGUUCCUGACUAUCAAGAAUCAGCUUCCCAACUUUCAGGUAUUUGACCCAGUGGUUGUAUUUCAGACAGCACUGCUGCCAUGAUCAUGUUUGGCUGGAAGUGUGCUGGUGCUGCACAUGUUAAGAAUUAUUAAAGAGUUUCAUCAGAAAGAAUUUUUUUUUCCUGCUUUUAAAUGACUGCAGUAUAACUGUACCCUGCUUCCUUUUCUUUCCAAACAUCAAAGCGUCCAGUAGGUUGCACUGUUUUAACGCCAGCAUUUUCCAGUGCAUUAUGGGAUAUCAACACCAUGCGUUUACGCAUGACGACAGAAUGGGAAAUCUCGAAAUUGGUGCACGAUAUCGUGAACAGGGUGCAGAAUCCGAGUUCCUAUUCAGUCGUGUUUUGGAUUGGAGUUGGAGUGUAAACCAGCUCUUGUGAGCUUUGUUCUUCAAGUUAAGCUUUGUGUAAGAAAAGAAUUGUUUAAGAUGAGAGCUCCUAUCUGGAUGAAUCUUUUAAAAAAAAAAAAAAUGAAUGUCAUCAAGUGAAGAUCCUAAUUUACAACAUGUCUUGAUAUUGCAUCAUGGAAAGGAGUCUUCAUGACUUCUUCACUUUGUACUACUGUUGAAUGUUUAGCAGCUAAUUAAACGUUAACGAGAUUCUACUGUCUGUGAGAAUUCACACCAGUGCUGGGUUAUCCAUUUUCUAAACUUGUUUAUCAUCCAGAAUUCUACGUUUUUCCCACUUAUGAAUGUGAGACUUUGCUGGAUGUCUGGGAAUAAUUGAUAUUUCAUGGCUUCCAUCAGCCUUUACAGUAAAUGCAACUUGACGGAAGCCAAAGUAAAUGUUUUGAGCAGUUUUUUGGGGGGUCGGUUUACUCAUUUAUUGGUAAUUAAGUAAAAAAAAAUGUUUUUUUUUUUUCCAUCAGAUUCCUAAUUAUUAGUAUUUCCAGAUGUGUUUAUUGCUGAUGAGACUGUAACGUUACUCAAAAUGAACGCUUUAUGAAAAGUAAGUGCACUUGUUUGGUGAAGCUGGAAGACUAUAAGCUGAGCUUUGUCGUCCAGUUGGUAUUCGAUAGUGUGAGUAUUUCAUGGUGAUCCAGAUCAUCCUGGAUUUUCUUCCCAAUAAAAUCAACCGUCUCAAAUGUU